AGAUUAAAAGGAUCAUUUUGUUGAUCUCGGCAAAGCUACGCCAUGGCCUCCACAUACUCCUUCGUCGCAGCGCAGCUCUUCCCUUCCCACAAUACCGCUCACUCCGCCAAACAUGCGCCCGCGGCGGCGCUGCUCCCCACGCGGCGGCAGUGCCUGCUUCUGCUCACCUCGGUGGCGGCGCUGAAGGCGGCGGAGUUGCCGUCGAGAGCGCAGGAUAUCCCGCUGUUCGGGCUGAGGAAGAGCCUCCGCAAGGUGGAGGAGGAAGCGGAGGAGAUAGUGAAGGAGGGGUUCGAGGCGGCGGACAAGGGCAUCGUCGCGGCCGAGAAGGGGAUCGAGGCAACCGAGAGAGGGGUAGUGGCGGCUGAGAAGGAGCUCGAGACGGUGCUGGCCUUCGGCGGUCUGGCGCAGGCGGGGGUUGUUGCUGGAGCGGAGUUGCUUGGCGUCGUCAUCGCUACCUCCAUUGUUAAUGGGAUUCUGGGGCCGGAAGCUCGGAAAUCUUGAGAUUGUUUGUAAUGUUACAAUUUCAUUUAUGUAUUGUGUAAUGUUUGUUUAAUUUGUGUUAUGACACUGAUUCUUCGCCUCUUAA